AUGAAUAUGUUGGAUGAUGAAGAUGACCAAAGCUUUCACGCUACGCGUGACGGCUACUCCCAUUUGAGCGAUGUCGAAUGGGAUGCGGUUGAACGAAUGGGUUCGACCAUGGGCAUCCAUGCUGUUAGCGUCAUGCUAGAGGCUCUCAACAGAGAUGCCCAACAUGCUACGAUCGCCAAGUUCAUUCAAAAUGAACUUGACGCUGAACGCGAGAAAGUAGCCUUGCUUCACCAACAAGGUUCUCAACAAGCAGAGUUGUUGAGAGAACAGGGUGCUCAACAGUUUGAACUGUUGAGACAGCAGUAG